UACUACCUCAAUAUAUGUUCAUGUUUUUGCAGAGCCGGACAAAUAGAGUACCUAGUUGGCUGGCUACAUAACUACUAAUCACGACAUUAUGGACAUGCUAGCAACUAGAGCGACCUGGUUGGCCAUAGCUAUCUUCUUCAUAACUGUUGUAGCCACGAAGAUUUCAAGAUGGAAAAGCAAUGUCCAUCUGUUCCCCACAAGACCACUUCCACCUGUCGUGAAUGUCCUUGCUCUCUUACCUUCAAUUUUUAACAAGGGUUUUGGGGUUACAAUCGCUGAUCUGCACACAAGACUUGGCAGUGUGUUUACAAUAAAUUUGUUUGGGCCAAAGAUAACCUUGUUGGUUGGACCUGAUAUCUCAGCUCAUUUCUUCCAAGGGCUGGAGUCGGAGAUUAGCUUUGGAAAUUUCACGGAGGUUACCGUUCCCAUAUUUGACCAAGAAGUUUUGUAUGGUGUAGAUAUGGCAACUCGCAGUGAGCAAAUACACUUCAUCGUUGAUGUACUAAAGCCAUCCAAGCUGCGGAGCCUCGUUGAUCCCAUAUUGCAAGAAGUAGAGGCCUACUUUUCAAGCUGGGGACAAGAGGGCAUAGUUGAUCUUAAACAUGAACUCGAGCAGGUGCUCAUGUUUAUCUCAAGUCGGUUCCUACUCGGAUAUGAGGUUCGUGAGAUGAUGCUGGAAGAAGUUUCAUCAUUGUUUCAUGAACUUGAGAAUGGCUUAAACUUUUUUAGUUUCUUGUUCCCCUAUAUUCCAACCCCGACAAACCGCCGACGCGACAAGGCCCACAUCAGGCUUAAAGAAAUAUUCACUACAACUAUCAGGUCACGCAGGAGCUCCGGCCGAGUUCAGGAGGAUGCACUGCAGAGGUUGAUGAAUUCCAAAUAUAAAGACGGUCGCUCUGCAUCCGAAGCAGAAAUUUGCGGCAUGAUCAUAGCACUCAUAUUUGCUGGAAAGCACCCAAGCUCCAGCACUAGUAUAUGGACUGGAGCUUUCAUGUUGAGCAACACCAAAUUCUUAAUAGCUGCCGUGGAGGAGCAAAAGCAUAUAAUUAGCAAGUACAAGAACCAAAUAGGCUAUGAUGCAUUUUCAGAGAUGGAUACCCUGCAUAGAUGCAUCAAGGAGGCACUUCGGAUGCAUACACCAGCGCAAAUGUUAGCUCGCAAGGCACAUAAGAAAUUCAAGGUGCAGACCAAGGAAGGCAAGGAAUAUGACAUACCUGAAGGGCAUAACAUUGUAAUCCCUACUGCACUCAACAAUAAGCUGGCACAUGUUUACAAUGACCCUCAUGCGUACGAUCCAGAUCGGUUUGGUCCUGGAAGAGAGGAGGACAAAGUUGGCGGCAAGUACUCUUUCACAACAUUUGGUGGUGGAAGGCAUGUUUGUUCUGGCAUGGCCUUGGCUUACCUGCAAAUUAAGGUCAUAUGGAGCCAUCUAUUAAGAAACUUUGAGCUCAAGCUAAUAUCUCCAUUCCCUAAGGUGGAUGUGAGCAAGGUGGGUCAAGAGCCUAAAGGAAAAGUAAUGAUAAGCUAUAACAGACGCCAGCUACAGUGCUACUAGUCGCCAUUAGUACUAAUAUAUUUCUACCUAUUUUAUUGCAUGCCAGGAUUUGUUCAUGUGC